GGGAACAUGAAACAGCGUGCAAGGCUGAAAGAACCCAUGCAAGGGACACGUGUCGCCUUCUCAAGCAUUUGUCAAGAUUCACAUUUCCAAUCAGUCUCCAGAUUCUUCUAAACCAACGGCUCCCAUCUUGCCAUCUCAUCCAAACUCCAUUCUCCUCUACGUUUUCCCUUCCUUCCGUAGCUGCUUCACUCGUCUCUGCUUGCCGCUCACGUCCAUGGCUCAAUUGCUGCCGCCGGUCUGCGCUGAUACGCUCAAAUUCCGCACUCCACCGCAGAUAUUCUGUUCCAGAAAUAGAGUUUUAAUUAGAAACGGGGUGAAUUGGAGCAGGGAAAGGGGAAACAGCGGUGUUGGCGGAAGAAUUAGGGCUAACUCCUCUCAGGAUCACGCGGCUGAAGCUGCAGAUGAUUAUUAUGCUGUGUUGGGACUGGAACCAGAUGCUACAACAGAGCAGAUAAAGAAAGCCUACUAUAGCUGCAUGAAAGCUUGCCAUCCCGACUUGAGUGGUGAUGAUCCAGAGACGACGAACUUCUGCAUCUUCGUGAAUGAGAUUUAUGCCGUCCUCACAGAUCCUGUGCAGCGAAAGAUCUAUGACGAAAUUCAUGGAUAUGCUGUGUCUGGGAUCAAUCCUUUUCUCGAUGAUUCCAUCCCGAAGGAUCAUGUGUUUGUUGAUGAAUUUACCUGCAUAGGCUGCAAGAACUGUGCCAAUGUUUGCCCAGAAGUAUUUUCCAUUGAGGAAGACUUCGGAAGAGCCAGAGCUUAUUGCCAGAUUGGAGUUCAUGAUUCAGUCCAAGCAGCUGUUGAGAGCUGUCCGGUCAGCUGUAUUCAUUGGACUUCUGCUGCUCAGUUAUCGUUGCUUGAGGAUGAAAUGCGAAGGGUAGAAAGAGUGAACGUAGCCUUGAUGCUCUCCGGCAUGGGAUCGACCUCUGUGAAUGUGUUCCGCCUGGCAAGCUCCCGAUGGGAAAAGAGGCAAGCUAAAGUCUUGCAACAAGCGAGAAUAAGGAUGAUGAGGACACAAAGAGACUCCGGUAAAAAAACAGAGUCGUAUUGGAGCAACCUAUGGGGCAAUGCCAGAGACAACGGAACUUCAGAAGAAGAAGUGGAGGAGAGGACGUCGCGAGCGGCUGCUGCCGCCCGAAGGUGGAGAGAGUAUUCCCGGAAAGGGGUCGGUAAGCGUCCCGAUUUCAAACUACCGGAGGAGUCCAUUUCUAACAAGGACUAGCCGUUGUGUAUAUUCCAUUGCACUUGUUCUUAGUCUGAUUCUUUCUUCAUGCCAUUGAUUAUAUAAUGCAAAAACAGUACAUAAUGUUGUUAUAGAAUAUAUGUAUAUAUGUAAUGGAAUGUUGUGUUAGGCAUCAAAGAAUUCUGUCUUUGAUUAUUUGAUAUAUAAUGUAUUUCACCCU